AUUAACCACGCUGUCUAUUAUUUUCCCGCGUUUUGACAAGAAGACAAAGGAACUGCUGUUCGGAGCACUUAGGCCACAUGCAGCGAGAGAUCAACAAACAAGAACAUGGCGCAGUCAAACACUAAUCUCAUUACCAAAACUUUGAAAGUGUUGAAAAGAUCGGACAAGAUACUGUCCUAUGUCAACAAAACAAACCAAAGAGAAAUGAAAUAUUUUAAUGUUGUUGCUGCUGAGGGGGAAGUGGCUUAUAGAAUCAGAGUCUAUCAAGUCAAUAAGCUUAACAUGCUGCAAACAGGAUUGAGCUUCAAGUUCCACAACAUGGUGGCUAAAGGCGAUAAGGAAUAUUGGAUCACCAGCAAUUCAACUUUGGCAUAUUCUGCAACAGUGGAAACAUCCUUAACUGAUUCGUGUGAACUUCAACUACCAGAGAAAAUAGCUCCAGAGGGGGAGAAAAAGACUUUGGCUUCAGCAUUGGCCUCCCCAGACAAGUCAAGUGUGCUUGGCAAAGUAGUACAGGUUUCUCCAUUGAAAUAUCGCCAAGGUGGGUCUUUGCCUGUGCGAGCUCUGAUUUUGAAGGACAGUCAGACCACUGCCAAAGUCUGUUUGUUUGGGGGAAACGCAGAAAUGCAGUUUGAAGAAGGAAAUAUGGUCAACGUUUCGGCUGUUUACCCCAAAAAAUAUCUUAACAGGGAUCAGCUUACCACCUCGCCCAUUUCAACCUGCCAGUUUACAGCUGAUGAUCCUACAAUACUUGUGCAGCAGCAAGAUGCAAACCAAUACCUGUCUGAUCCAGACUUUGAAGAAGAUCUUGAUGAGCCACUUAUUGAAGAUAUCAUAUUGACCGAUUUUACAGAAUUUGAUGUCUAUAAAUGCUGCGAAGUUAAAGCUUGCAGGCAAAAAAAAAUGGUUGGUAAUCAGUGUCCUGUGUGCAAAGCAACGACUUCAAAUCUCAAGUCCUACCGCAUCGCCUUUCUUUAUUCCACAGAAAAGGCAAAAGAUAAAAAAAUUACUCUCUUCAAAUCAACUAUAGAGAAGAUACUAAAAGUUGAACUGGACCUUGAGGAACAAAAAAGCAGUCUGAUCUCUGUUGUGGUAGACAAACUACCAAUUCGUGUCCGUGCCUCCAUUUCGGCUGGAAAUAAUUUGUACAACAUCCAGUAACUGUCACAUAUGGAUGCAUUGUGAAUACAGUGCAUAUUGACGUUUGAUUUUAUUAAGCCCUGGUACGACUAAUCAAAAGCUUACUGUUUUACUGUCCGUCCGUCACGCUAUGUCAAAGUGUUUUUGGUUAAGUUUUCUUCAAAGGGCUCAAUUAAGCUCGGAUGCUAUUUCUUUCAUGAAUAUUAAGUUUGGGUAUACAAUAUGUUGCACAGUGAAGUUAAUAUACACUUUGGCACUUUCAUGUCAACAUAUUUAGUUUCAUUCUGCAUUAGGUAAACGAAUAUAUUAAAUUGGAUAAAUCAUUAAUUGAAAACAUCAAUAAAACGGUUUCCUUAAAUUACCAUAAGUUGUUAAUAGGAUGCUAAACAAUGUAAAACCAAAACCGAGCUAAACAAUGUUAAACAAAAUCCGGUAUAAGUCAAUAUUUCUUACUCGUUGACCUAGGUUGCUACUUAUACUUUGUAGUUAUAUA